GCCAGGGUUCGGCCCGUGUGGCCUCGUGGAGGUCCCUGCUGUGGAUCCCGGGGCAGACCCCUCCUCCCACCCGCUCCCCCUUUGUGGUCCCAGCCUCGGGUUCUGUGAGUGACAAGUGCUCCGUGGCUUCCUGGCCCAGGGCCUCCCCUCCCCAGGGGGUGGAGUCGGCUGAGCCGCAGAUAAGGCAGCGCCAGGGGCAGCCCCGAGGAGCAAGGGCACCCGCAGACCGGCAGGGAAGGGGCGCCCGCCGCAGACCGGGGUGCCCAGGCCCGAAGCGACGCAGAGGGUCAGCAGCCGCCCUUGGGCUCCCCCAGGAGAGCGUGCAGAGGCCCUCCCUCCGGCCGGCCCUUUCCGCCCAGCCCCCCGCCGGACCCCCGGUGAGGAAAGGGAGACCUGAGCUCAUCGGGGAGCCGAGGGAGAGCUCGCCAGGCCCCUGUGCCCCCUCCAGGACCCGGCCGGCAGCCAUGGCAGCCUGGGAGCUGCAGGUGUUCGUGGGGGACCCCGACGUCCAGGAGGAGUCGGUGACGCUUCUGGUCACGGGCGAGUCCCACAUCGGCGGCGUCAUCCUCAAGAUCGUGGAGGAGAUCAAGCGGAAGCAGGACUGGUCGGACCACGGGCUGUGGUGGGAGCAGAAGAAGCUGUGGCUGCUGCAGACCCACUGGACCCUGGACAAGUACGGCAUCCUGGCGGACGCCCGGCUCUACUUCGGCCCGCAGCACCGGCCCGUCAUCCUGCGGCUGCCCAACCGCCGGGCCCUGCGGCUGCGCGCCAGCUUCUCGCAGCCCCUCUUCCGCGCCGUGGCCGCCAUCUGCCGCGUGCUCAGCAUCCGCCACCCCGAGGAGCUGUCCCUGCUCCGGGCCCCGGAGAAGAAGGAGAAGAAGAAGAAGGACAAGGAGCCGGAAGAGGAGGUGUUUGACCUGACCUCGGUGGUCCUGGCUGCCGGAGUGGCCCCGGCCCAGUUCCGGGGGAUGCCGGCCCACUUCUCCGACAGCCCCGAGACCGAGGCCUGUUACCGGAUGCUCAGCCUCCCCCAGCCGCCCCCAGACCCGGCCCAGCUGCUGCGCCUGCCCAGGCCCGGCUCCCUGGCUGACAAGACCCAGCUGCACAGCAGGUGGCUGGACUCCUCGAGGUGUCUGAUGCAGCAGGGGGUCAAGCCCGGGGACACCCUCUGGCUGCGCUUCAAGUACUACAGCUUCUUCGACCUGGACCCCAAGGCCGACCCCGUGCGCCUCACGCAGCUCUACGAGCAGGCCCGCUGGGACCUGCUGCUGGAGGAGAUCGACUGCACGGAGGAGGAGAUGAUGGUCUUCGCGGCCCUGCAGUACCACAUUAACAAGCUGGCCCUGAGCGGGGACGUGGAGGAGCCGGCCGGCCCGGGCGGCCUGGACGACCUGGACGCGGCGCUGAGCAGCCUGGAGGUGAAGCUGGAGGGCUCGGCCCCCGCCGACGUGCUGGACAGCCUGACGGCCAUCCCCGAGCUCAAGGACCACCUUCGCAUCUUCCGGCCCCGGAAGCUCACCCUCAAGGGCUACCGCCAGUACUGGGUCGUGUUUAAAGAGACCACGCUCUCCUACUACAAGAGCCAGGACGAGGCCCCCGGGGACCCCAUCCAGCAGCUGCACCUGAAGGGCUGCGAGGUGGUGCCCGACGUCAACGUCUCGGGGCAGAAGUUCUGCAUCAAGCUCCUGGUGCCCUCGCCCGAGGGCAUGAGCGAGCUCUACCUGCGCUGCCAGGACGAGCAGCAGUACGCCCAGUGGAUGGCCGGCUGCCGGCUGGCCUCCAAGGGGCGCACCAUGGCCGACAGCAGCUACCAGAGCGAAGUCCAGGCCAUCCUGGCCUUCCUUAGCCUGCAGCGGGCGGGGGGAACCGGAGGCACGGGCCCCGCCAACCCGCAGGGCCCCGACGCCAGCGGGGAAGGGCUCAACCCCUACGGCCUCGUGGCCCCCCGGUUCCAGCGGAAGCUGAAGGCCAAGCAGCUGACGCCCCGGAUCCUGGAGGCCCACCAGAACGUGGCCCGGCUCUCCCUGUCCGAGGCCAAGCUCCGCUUCAUCCAGGCCUGGCAGUCCCUGCCCGACUUCGGCAUCUCCUACUUCAUCGUCAGGUACCAGGGCGCGCCCCUCCCCCCCUCCCCCCGGCCCUGCAUUGGGUUCUGGCGCCCCCCCCAGGAGGAGGCGGACCGGGGGCUGCGGUGCCAGAGGGCGGGGCGAAGGUGCAAGAGGCGCCAGUGGGGGGGGAGGGGAGUGAUGGCGGACUCGCAGCCAAGUGAUGGGCCGGGCGAUGGGCGGGGAGAGGGAGGGAGGGGGCACCUGCUUGGGGAGGGGCGAGCUCCCGUUCCCGGAAGCCUUUUAGCAGAGGCUCGUGUUCAGCUCAGGCCAGAGGCCACCAAGGUCCCCUCCGGCUGGGGGCGCUCGGCCCCUCCCCCAGCCAGACUCGGAGACGCCCCUCCCGCCCCUCCCCCCAGGUUUAAGGGCAGCAGGAAGGACGAGGUCUUGGGCAUCGCCAACAAUCGCCUGAUCCGCAUCGACCUGGCCGUGGGCGACGUCGUGAAGACCUGGCGCUUCAGCAACAUGCGGCAGUGGAACGUCAACUGGGACAUCCGUCAGGUGGCCAUUGAAUUUGACGAGCACAUCAACGUGGCGUUCAGCUGCGUGUCGGCCGGGUGCCGGGUCCUGCACGAGUACAUCGGCGGCUACAUCUUCCUGUCCACCCGGGAGCGCGCCCGAGGCGAGGAGCUGGACGAGGAUCUCUUCCUGCAGCUUACCGGGGGCCACGAGGCCUUCUGAGAGCCCGGGGCCGCCUCCCUCCCGGCACCGUCCCCAGGCCCGCUGGCUCCCCCCACAGCUUCCCGGCCCCCCGUGCACUCCCGAACACACACAGCGCUUCCAAGCCCCGCCUCGUCAGCCCCCUCCCAGGGGCCGGGAAAGGGGGGCCAGCCGAAGGGCGGGGGCACAUGGGGAGAGCCCCCGCCCAGGCCAUGCGGUCUGAUCUCUCCCGGCGGGGCAGUCUGGCUAACACCCCCCCUCCCCCCGCCCCCCCAGGGCGGUCAGAGGCCCAGGCACGAGGUUUUCUGUGUUUUUAUUUGUCAUCUUAUAAAUAAAUAUUUCGUGGUUGAACACUC